ACUAGCCAUUCACUUACUUUCUUACAAGAGAGCCUUGCUUCACUCAGCAGUCCUACCCUUCCUUCAAGUUUGCUAGGUUUCAACCUGAGCAAAAUCUAAGACAUGGAGAUGAGGUAUGCUACCAGAAGACCUUCUCUCCCCAGGGCCAUCUGUCACCACCAUCAAGGCCAUGCUGUCUUCAGGGACCAUCUGCAGUCUGCUACUCCUGAGCGUGCUCUGGAUGGAUGUGGCCAUGACAGGCUCCAGCUUCCUAAGCCCAGAGCAUCAGAAAGCCCAGCAGAGAAAGGAAUCCAAGAAGCCACCAGCCAAACUGCAGCCACGAUCUCUGGAAGGCUGGCUCCACCCAGAGGGCAGAGGACAGGCAGAAGGGACAGAGGAGGAACUGGAGAUCAGGUUCAACGCUCCCUUCGACGUUGGUAUCAAGCUGUCAGGAGCUCAGUACCAGCAGCAUGGCCGGGCCCUGGGGAAGUUUCUUCAGGACAUCCUCUGGGAAGAGGUCAAAGAAGCACCAGCUGACAAGUGACUACUGACAGGACUGGUUCACUGUGAUUUCCUCCUGAGCAAGAACUCACAUCCAGCCUUAGCCUCCUCUGCAACUCCCCGCACUCUCCUACUGCCUUAAGAAUAAAUGCUCAAGCUGUGUGCCAAA